UGGACCACCACCUCCUUUGGACGUGAAUCGCCAAGCCCUUUGCUCGCUGCCGGUUCACACAGACGCUGCCAAUAUCUUUGACUAACCCAAAUCCCUUGUAUUGCUUAAUCAAAAAUAUCAAAGGGCUCGUGUACUAAGGUGUAGACCCUUGUCCUCACGUGUAACUUUGGAAAUUGCUGGGUUAUCUUAUCGAUAACGGGUUCUUACUGUAUUUCCAACUCUGCAACCAGCGCGACGCGCAACAUGUGCCGCAAAAAGCUCCGCAUGGCCAACGUCCACCGCGCCAGGCGUCCUCUUAGGCAGAAAUGGCCACCCAACCGGCAUGUCUUGCUUGAAUCUUAUUUCGACUUUACGUUACCCUCCGCGACCGUUGACCAGUCCCCGACCAAGAGAAUAUGCGACCGUCGCGCCCCUUCCGUUGCCACGUCCCAGACUCUAUAUCCCAACACGACGAGCGAGGAUCAUCAGUUGGCACAUCGUCUGUCGGACCCUCUAUACCCCAAAAGUGGAUUUAUGGCUACAGGCGAGACAACCAUUACUGAGAAAGGAAGUUCUGCACCUAUGUCCGAGAAGAUGACGCAACAUGAGACCGAAUGAAAGGAGAGGCGAAACGAAGCACUUCGAAAAUAUGAUGAGCCGCCAUACUUGUACUCGCUAAUGCGAAUCUUUUCAGCCUUUCAAUGUAAAAGAAGCAUCUUUCGUACAAGAAAAUAGGGAAAGAUAACAGUGAUAUAAAACCUACAUAUUUAAUCUCUUUACCUGAAGUUCAGGGUUGAGGCAUCACGUAGAGAGGAAGGUCAACCCAGCCCUUGCUCCUUUUUGUUACAAACAUACCAGAUAGGAGACCUUUAUAGGGAAGCUCUGAACCACC